CUAUGGACAAGUUAACUAUACCUCCCUCUUAUUGGUGUACCUCGAAGCCUGUGUAUCUGUUAUCGUGAUUGGUUGCAGUCACCCGGCUGUUGAUGCGCUGUCAAAAAGCAAAGAGUCACAAUUCAGUGGGAGAGAGAUAGAGCGAGAAGGUCAUCAUGCAGUUUUUGGGGCGAUUUGUGUCCAACCUCUUCUCGAACCCGUACCGGGUGAAGGAGGUGCAGCUCUCAGAGUACAGCACUGGGGGUAAAGUGCGACAGCGGGAGGAGGGCCGGAUGGUGCUGUACAGAAACCCUCCCAGCCAGUCCUGGGACUGUGUGCUGCUGUGCCCCGAAACCCCCAGCAUUGCACUGAGAUUAUUCCAGGUGCCCUCUGAGGAAGACGCUCUGAACUGGUUCCCUCAGUACGCCCUCAAACUCCGCCCAUUCUACGAGACCGCCCGCCCCCAGCUCAAGGCUGAGACGCUGCAGACGCUUGCGGACUGCCUGCGCAACCAUCCGGACUGGAGCUCUGCGCACAUCGCCGUGGAAACUGGCCUGAGGGACUGCCUGAAGCACAACUACGUCCUGAGCCAGGUCAACAGCCGGGACGGGGCCGGGCAGACCCCCCUGCACCUGGCCUGCGAGCGGGGGGACUUGGCCUGCGUUCGGGAGCUGCUGCUGCACUGCCAGGCGCACACGGACGUUAGGGACCGCAACGGCGACACGCCCAUGCACUGUGCUGCCAAACAGGACUCCGCCACCAUCAUCCAGGCACUGUGUUCCCGCCCCUGCGCUGGUGUGAAUGAACUGAACGUCGCCGGGGAGACGCCGGUGCACGUGGCCUGUCGACUCGGGAAGGCGGAGUCACUGAAGGCACUGAUUGGAGGUGGCGCCAAGUGUGAUGUCACUGGAGGGCAGGGUUACGCCAUCCACUCUGCUAUGAAGUACAGUGAGAAGGGCUGCGCAGAGGCCAUUCUGACUGCGGAGCCUGCGCAGCUGCAGGCAGAGGACGGUAUGUAUGGAGGAACCCCAUUGCACUGGGCCAAGACCGCAGAGAUGGCUAAAAUGCUACUGGAGAGGGGCUGCUCCGUGAACUACCUGAGCAAAACCGGGGAGAGCCCGCUUCACAUUCUGACCAAGAGGGGGCGCUUCGAGGCCGCCAUGGUGCUGCUCACGAACGGGGCCGACCCCAACCUCCGCGGCCAGGACGGGAACACGGCCCUGCACCUCGCCAUGAAGAUGGAUCACAUGGAGCUGAUAAAGGCUUUCAUUGUCUUCGGGGCCGAUGUGGAAAUCCCCAAUGACCUGGGGGAGACCCCUGGACUGAUCGCCGCACGGACCAGCAAAGGCCCCAACAGAAAGGUUCUGCUCAACAUGCUGUGUAGUGUAGGAGUGGAGCGGUGUCAUCCCCCCUCCCCCGACACCCCUCCCCCGAUCACCAAGAGACCACCUCAGCCGGGCAUAGGAUUUGAGGACAUCAUACAUGUGGCAGCCACAGUUGGGGCUAUAGCUCAUGGCAAAGCAGAGGUGGAUGGUUUCAACAGUGGACGCAGGAAGACGGACAGACUGCUUUGUCUGGACGGGGGAGGCAUUAAGGGCCUGAUUCUGAUCCAGAUGUUGAUUGCCCUGGAGCGGGAGGCCGGCCGGCCGGCGAGAGAGCUCUUUGACUGGGUCUCUGGCACCAGCACAGGGGGCAUCCUGGCUCUGGCCAUAGUGCACGGUAAAUCCAUGGAGUACCUGCGCUGUCUGUACUUCCGGAUGAAGGAGCAGGUGUUUCGAGGGUCCCGCCCCUACGAGUCUGCCCCCUUGGAAGAUUUCCUGAAGAAGGAGUUUGGGGAGAACACCAAAAUGGCCGAUGUCCAGCACCCCAGGGUCAUGGUGACUAGUGUCCUUGCAGACAGACACCCGGGAGAGCUGCACCUUUUCCGAAACUACGAUCCCCCCGUUCUCACCCGGGACCCCCCGUACGCCUCCACUGCCACGUUCCAGCCCCUGACCAUUCCCCAAGAGCAGUGCGUCUGGCGUGCGGCCCGGUCCAGCGGCGCCGCCCCCACCUACUUCCGACCAAUGGGCCGCUUCCUGGACGGGGGGCUGUUGGCCAACAACCCAACCCUGGACGCCAUGGCAGAGAUUCACCAGUACAACAAGGCCCUGAGAGCUCAGGGCAGGGGAGGGGAGGUCCAGCGCCUGGGUGUGGUGGUCUCCCUGGGGACAGGGAAGCCCCCCCAGGUGGCCGUGAGCUCGGUGGACGUCUUCCGCCCAACCAAUCCGCUGGAGCUGGCAAAGUCCUUUGUGGGCGCCAAAGAGCUGGGGAAGAUGCUGGUGGACUGUUGCACUGACUCUGACGGCUGUGCAGUGGACCGGGCCAGGUCCUGGUGUGAGAUGGCAGAUAUCAGCUACCACAGGCUGAGUCCCCAGCUGUCGACGGAGGUGAUGCUGGACGAGGUGAGCGACGCGGUUCUGGUCAACAUGCUGUGGGAGACCCAGAUGUACCUGUACAAGCAGCGGGAGCAGAUCCAGGCCCUGGCACAGCAGCUGCUGCAGGGCUGACGGACGGAGGGACGGACGGACGUACAGACGGACGCACGCACGGACGGACGGACGGACGGACGUACAGACAGACGCAUGCACGCACUGACGGACGGACGUACAGACAGACGCAUGCACGGACGGAUGGAUGUACAGACGGACGCAUGCACGGACGGACGGACGGAGAGAUAGAGGGGGAGGAAGAGGAGAGGGAGAGGCACGCAAGCAGAAGGGGGGUGGGGGGGGGGAGACAGCUACAGAACACAGACGUGAUUCAUUUGGAGCAGUAUAAUGGUACAAACGAUGCAGUUUACAUCGCUGUCCAGAAGCGAAGAGAUAGGCAUGCACAUUGAAAACGUACGCUGUCGACGUCCCUCUGUCCUCCGCGACGUGCUAACAGUGUACACACCUUUUAUCGUAUUUACCCGACUCCUCUUGUUUACAAUUGCACUGGAAAACAGGAAACCGAGAAGAGACUGGUCGUCCGGCGGAGAUUUUUGGGAGUAUGCACGUAGGUCAAAGGUGAAAUGGCUCAAACCCUCGCACUAAUGACGUCUUCCCACCACAUCUCGGUGGCACACUCUGGUCUUUCUCACAAGGUUGCCCUGAUACUUGAGUUACCAUGACAGUGAUGACAAGCUGUUACAGUUGUAUGUACAAAUAAUUUAACAUUGAUAAAUCUGUUAAUAACACACCGUAAACACACAGGCUGCUUUUGUACUCCCUAUAAGUGUAUAAUCCAGAAACAUCAUUUUUAUGCUGUUUUGGGGUGAAUACAUGUGUCGUUUUAGUUUCGUAAAAUGAAGAAAAACCACUUAAGCUUUGAUACAAUGUGUUCUGGAAAUACUAUUUUUUUUAUUGUUUUAGUUGUGCUGCUGUAAUGAAGUGAAUAAUAAAUUACUAUAUACAUUAAAUAUGUAUGUGAAAUCAAAA